AACCUGCUCAGCCCUACUCCAGCAGUGACAUCGUUCAUCCCAUCAAGGUUGACGAGAGCGGAUCAUUCCUGUCCUACGAUUUGUCCCACCGGGCGCUUCACCGAAGGUCUCCUUCCUCCAGGAGCAAGUUUCUCGCCUUCUAUGAACUGCACUACAAAGGGCAACCCCUGAAAUUCAACCUGAGCCUCAACAACAACCUCCUGGCGCCCGGGUUCGUCAGCGAGAGGCGAUACGGGGGGAUCGCGACCGCCAAGAUCCAGUCUCACGCGUACAACUCCUGCCAUAUGAUCGGGGAGGUUCGGGGCCGGGCGCUGAAGGGGGGUCUGGCGGCGCUCAGCACGUGCGAUGGCCUGAAAGGCGUGUUUCAGCUCAUGAACGAGGACUACUUCAUCGAACCGGUGUCCAGCAGCAUUCGGGAGGACGGAGCGGCGCAGCCCCACAGGAUAUACAAGCGCCAGGUGCCCGAGCACGGGGGAGAGCGAGGCAGGAGGCCACCAGCUCCACGGGAGACCUGUGGUGUGCGAGAAUUCCCAAGGUCUGAGAAGCGGAGGGAAAGAUGGGAACAGAAGCAGCACAGGAAGAGAAGAAUAAAGCAGCGCUCCAUCAGCAGGGAGAAGUGGGUGGAAACGCUGGUGGUGGCAGACACCAAGAUGAUAGAGUACCACGGGAGCGAGAACAUAGAGAAAUACGUGCUGACCGUGAUGAACAUGGUGGCGGGUCUGUUCCACCACGCCAGCAUCGGGAACCCCAUCAACAUCGCCAUAGUGCGGCUCAUCCUGCUGGAGGAAGAAGAGGAGGAUCUGAAGAUCUCCCACCAUGCGGACAACACCUUGAGAAGCUUUUGCAAAUGGCAGAAGAGCAUCAACGUUAAAGGAGAUUCCCAUCCCCUGCAUCACGACGUCGCGGUCCUGCUCACCAGGAAGGACAUCUGCGCGGCGAUGAACAGACCCUGCGAGACCCUGGGCCUGUCCCACGUGGCGGGGAUGUGCCAGCCCCACCGGAGCUGCAACAUCAACGAGGACACGGGGCUGCCCCUGGCCUUCACCGUGGCCCAUGAGCUCGGACACAGUUUUGGGAUUCAGCAUGAUGGAAGCAGCAAUGACUGUGAGCCAGUUGGGAAAAGACCUUUCAUCAUGUCUCCACAGCUCCUGUAUGACACGUCCCCACUCACCUGGUCCCGCUGCAGCCGGGAGUACAUCACA